AUGACGGAGUUGCUUUUAGGUGUUGGUCAAGAUUUUUAUGGAGGACUAGAUGAAGCUCGUAUUGUUGUUGAGAAAUAUAACCAUUUUUCUGGUCGCAAGGUCAGAGUCGUCAAGAGAAAUCCAGAACGGUAUACGGUGGAGUGUUUUUACAAGGAGCAAUUUACUUGCGACUGGAAGUUCCAUGCAGCUCCGAAGACUUCCAAUGUGAAGGGUCAUUUAUUCCUCAAGACCUAUAACGGGGAACAUACAUGUUAUGCUGGUUAUAGUGACGGAACAAAGGAUGAUUCGGUUACGCGCGAACUUGUCAAGAGCUUGAUAUUUGACCAGAUCGAACAGAAUCCCAACAAGAAAUGCAGGGAUAUUGUUAGAGAAUUCAAAAGUGAUUAUGGGUUAGAAUUGAGCUACGAUCAGGUGCAUGCCGGGAAAGAAUUAUGUUUGAAGGAAUUGUAUGGUGAGGACACUAAAUCAUACACUGACUUGGUUUGGUGGUGUGAAGCCGUGAAGAAACAUGAUCCAAGAAGUAGGGAUGAUUUAGUUAUUAAAGGGGGCCAGUUUAAGAGUUUGUUCUUAGCCUUCGAUACUUGCAUCUCGGGUUUCGAAUAUUGUCGCCCGGUAUUGUUCUUGGAUGCAACUUUCCUAACUGGAAAAUUUAGGGGUUGUCUUAUGGCGGCUACCGGGAAGAAUGCGAAUAAUGGAAUAUUUCCUCUGGCAUACGCAUUUGAAGAACAAUUAUGCGGUAAGACCAACAAGAAAAAGGGAGAGCAUGGUGCUGCGAUGGAUUUGUUCAAACAAUGUUUUUAUUCAUCAACGCAUAAAGGCUUUCAUGAAGGUAUGCAAAAGUUGAAGGAUAUGGGAUGUGAUGGUCUUCACAAAUUCUUAAGUGACCUUCCAGUGGAAUGUUGGUCCAAUGCACAUUGUCUGGGAUGUCGUUAUGGCGACAUGUGUUCAAACAUUGCAGAUUCGUUCAACUCUUGGAUUAAGGAAGCAAAAGGUAUGCCUAUUGCAACACUUGUUAACUGGAUUAGACUUAAAAUAAUGGAUCAUAUGAGUAAAAGGAAGUUGAAGGGGGCGACGUAUAAAGGAUUCAUUUGUCCCAGGCUAGAGAAAAAAGUGAUGGCUUCCAUUCGUGCUGGUGUUCAGUGGAGAAUAACCAAGUCUGGGGAUAUGGAGUGGGAAGUUUUUGAUGGAAAGUACACACAUGCUGUUAAUAUUGCGAAAUUUCACUGCAGCUGUAGGGUUUGGUUUACUGAGCAGUUCCCUUGUGAUCAUGCUAUUGCGUGUAUGCAUUCAUCUAAGAUCAAUGUUUACGAGUACAUUAAUCCGUUUUUCAGCAUUUCCAGCUUCCGUGCUCCGUAUGAUCGUCCUAUCAAGCCCAUUCCCGAUUACGACAAUACUAUUGAUGUUGCUACUGGAAAUAUCGUGAACCCACCAACUGUCCUAGGAAAAAAACCUGGUAGGCCAAAGAAGAAGCGGAUUCCCAACACUGGUAGCGCAAGUUUCAAGAGACCAAUUACGUGCGGUAACUGCCGUACUCAGGCACUUCAUAAAAAAACGACGUGUCCUAAUCCUCCUGCGAUAGAGCAAUGUUAA